AUUCCCAUUUUUAAAAAUGUUUUUUAAUGUGCCCAGCCCCUGCUUGACCUAUCUAGGGAGGCAGGAAGGAAACAGCUCCUAGGUAGACCCCAGGGAGCUGACUGGGAGUUAGUUUCCAGUGACUGCCUGCUCAGGAGCCCCUCAGGCUCCCCAAGGCUGUUUACCUGCUUUUCCCUGCACUGAUGACUUUGACCCCAGCUGCCAGGGUUGCAUCACUUACAGCUACAACAUCUCUGGCAGGCAAAAAGCAACAGAAGCAAUCUAAGACACAGGGACCCAGGGAGCCUCUCCCAUCUCCCUGUUGCCUUUUGGGAGUAUGAUGCUCCUGUCCACAGGGAACACCCUUUGCAUUUUUCUCUCUUGACUCUGCUGAUCUGUUCCCCACCCUCUAAUACCUGUGUUCUUCCUUCCCCACAGAUAUAAACAGUCCCCUGGCCCUUCCCAGCCAGGCUGGCUGGCUCUGAUAAGGCAGUAGUAGUCAGGGACUUUGGGGGUUAGGAACCCUUCUGGGGUGCAGGCUGGGGUGCCCUGCUGGUAUGUGCCCCAACAGGUUUUUCUCUAUCAGCCUCAAAAUCAGCCUAGAGCCUGUCUGACCUGUCCCCCCAGAGAGCUGGAGCCAGAGGCAGAGCCAGGUCAGAAGUUGGAUUUAGAGACUAGCAGGCCACACAGAAGCUGGUGUCCACACAGGCAGCCGCCAGGCUGUGACGACUGCCACCUCGCCUCCAGCACCUCUGGGCAUCCAAGUGCCCGCAAGAACACAUAUAUAUAUCAGCUCAGAGAGUGCACCUACUGACCUAAAGAUCCCUGCCAGAGACGCCAAGGGUGAAAGGCCAAACGUGAAAGGCCGGCGGCAGACAGCCAGUGACACCAUGUCUGUGACCAGUGGGAAGACAAGACCAUCCCUGACCCAGGAGAUCCUCAGCCACCUGGGCCUUGCCAACAAGACUGCAGCUUGGGGGACCCUGGGCACCCUCAGGACAUUCUUGAGCUUCAGCGUGGACAAGGAUGUGCAGAGGCUGCUGAGGGCAAUUGCAAGCCAAGGUGUGGACCGCAGCACCAUCGUGGGCGUGCUGACCAAUCGGAGUAGGGAACAAAGACAGCUCAUCUCUCGAGCCUUCCAGGAGCGCACUCAACAGGACCUGGUGAAGUCCCUGCAGGCAGCACUCUCUGGCAACCUCGAGAGGAUGGUGAUGGCUUUGCUGCAGCCUGCAGCCCAUUUCGAUGCCCAGGAAUUGAGGACAGCUCUGAAGAACCCAGGUUCCACUGAGGAUGUGGCUGUGGAAAUUCUUGCUACCCGAAGCCCACCCCAGCUGCAAGAGUGCCUGACAGUCUACAAACAUAAUUUCCAGAUGGAGGUGGAGAAGGACAUCAAAUCUGAGACCAGUGGCGUCUUGCGGGACCUGCUCCUGGCCCUGGCCAAGGGGGCCCGUGAGAGCUAUUCUGGAAUCAUUGACUACAACCUGGUGGAGGACGAUGUCCAGGCAUUAAAGCAGGCUGAAGGGCCCGGCACAGAGGGCACAUGGGUCAUAAUAUUCACGCAGAGAAAUCCUGAACACCUUGUCCGAGUGUUUGAUCAGUACCAGCGGUGCAGUGGGCACGAGCUAGAGAAGACCAUCCAGAACAUUUUCCACGGAGAUGACCAGGCGGCUCUGCUCAGCCUAGUCUCCGUGAUCAAGAACACACCGCUGUACUUUGCUGAUAAACUCCAUCAAGCCCUCCAGGACAUGGGGCCCAAUUACCAAGUCCUGAUGCGCAUCCUUAUCUCUCGAAGUGAGACUGACCUUCUAAGCAUCCGAGCUGAGUUCAAAAAGAAAUUUGGGAAGUCCCUCUACUCUUCUCUCCAGGAUGCAGUGAAAGGGGACUGCCGGUCUGCCCUACUAGCCCUGUGCAGGGCUGAAGACCUUUGAGACCUCCCUGCCCUCCCUGUUCCACCACAGACAUUCAAGGAUAUGAGAUCCCCAUGUUUGGCUGGGCCUGCAGGAAACCAGCUGGGCUCCAAAUAAGAUAACCCCUCACUGAACACCACAUGCUCCAGCUUCUUGUGGAGGCUAGAAUUUGAAGUUUCUUUCAAGUCCCUUAAUUUCUUCAUCUCAAAGUGAGGUCUAUAUGUGGGUCCCCUAGCUCUGUCCUGGGUAUAGACAUCUCUUUGAUGGUUUCUGCCCUAUUCAUCCUUCCAGUACCCUGGCCAAAACAUCUCACUGAUUCUUGAAUUCUUUUGGCAAACUUC